CCCCCCCUCUCUCUCUCUCUCUCUCUCUCUCUCUCUCUCUCUCUUUCAUAACAAUAUGUACUCAUCGAGCGAAAAAUUACGCUAUAAUAACAACGACGGAAAUUCCGUGAUUAUCAGAAUGUCUUACAUCGAUUUGCAACAGCUAGUUUUCUGAACGUCACGACAUGACUGUCGAUAGUAGAUCCGCUUAGAAGCUUGUUUCCUCUUCGACCGACGGAAUAAAUAUUAUAUCCAAAUAAAUACAUAUCUCUCUCUCUCUCUCUCUCUAAAGGUAGAUUUAGUAAUAAGACGAGUGGUGAGUGCGGCUUGCAUGGCGAUAAAAAUAAAUUAUUAAAGUUGAUUUUAUCAUUGUUACGUAUUUAUCGUAGGACCCGCUUUGCGACAAAGCUGUUUCCAAAAAUUACUUAAGUAGAAUUAGUAUUUAUCCGUUUCAUCGUGAUGGCGAUGCGAAAUAAUUUAGGCUAGUACUAAAGACGCAUAUAGAGUUGUAGAACGUAUACAUAGAAAAUGGGAACAUAAGUCUCGUCCCAGGAAAAGAAAAAGAAGAAGAAACCGAACGAAAAUUACGUAAAAUUGCGAUUACAUUGGCGAAUCAACAAUUGUAAAGUCUAAGCAAAAAACGGAAUUUCAUUCUGAUAAUAUUUUGUUAUGAAGCAUGAAGCGAAAUCCCGAGUGCAGACACAAACACAGUUACCUGUUAUAAACAUUAACUUCCACUGACUUUGCGGAGUGGACAAAAUAUGUUGGCCUCAUUAAUAAUACAAACAAUAAAGCGGCCUAAUUUCCAACACUGCUUUAUUAUUUCUGAACCCAUGCCGUCCUCUACUCCUUCUCCGCCGUCAGAUCAAGUUGUGCCGAGACGCACAGAGUUUUAUUAUACAUGAAGGAAAAAAACUCGGACGAGAGAGAAACGUAAAAAUAGAAGAGGAAGUUUUCAUGCGUCCUCUUCCAUACAUCGCACAUGCAACAUAUAUAGCGACAGUUGCAUAUCGCUCCCAGUGGACACCGUCGUCGUCGUCGUCGUCGUCUCCGUCGAUCUUUGACUUCAUCUUCUCUCCACACACCGUGCUACCGGCGUGGUAAAAGUACUCGUGUCUACCUCGUAUACACAAACACACGCGCAUACACAGUCCACACACAGUCACGCUUAUAUCUGCUCCACGUGUCGAUUACACAACAUACACACACGCAACACGCGCGCGUAUAUGGCCUUACACCCAAAGGCCGCGCAUGAGCGACGAAAUGUCACACACAUUGUGAGGACACCUUUAACCUCGCGAGCGGGGGCUAAAGCGCAAGCCUCGAAUCGAUCUUCCACCUCCGAGCGGCGCGUUCACGAAGAACAACCCCCAGCCGACGAGUCUGUUGUCGACCCAACAACAGUCCGAGACCAUCCGACACGGCAAACAUGGCGUUGGAUUUCGCAGCCACAUACAAAGUCCUGGUACUGGGCGACUCGAACGUCGGCAAGACCUGCAUCGUGCAUCGCUACUGCGACGAACGGUACUACGACACCUACAUCUCGACGAUAGGUAUCGAUUUCAAACAGAAGAUCAUUAACUUAGACGGAACGCCGAUAAAAUUGCAAAUUUGGGAUACCGCCGGCCAAGAAAGAUUUCGAACUUUGACAACGGCGUACUAUCGCGGUGCCAUGGGUAUCCUUUUGAUGUACGAUGUCACUAGUUUGGAGAGUUUUAACCAUCUGUCUUACUGGCUACGAAAUAUCCAAGAAAAUGCGUCACCGGACGUAGUAAAAGUUUUGGCAGCGAACAAAUGCGACGCGACCGCGCACCGCGCCGUGGACGCCGAGAGAGGCCAGAAGAUCGCGGAGAACUUCGAUAUGCCCUUCUUCGAGGUAUCGUGCAAGGAGAACAUAAAUAUCGAAGAAGCUUUCCUCACUCUAGCCAGAAGGAUACGGGAACAACGGGGCCGGCGGGCCAGCCUGUUCGAGGCCUCCGAGAGAGAAGGCGCGGAUAGCGUGAUCAAGGCGCAAUCCCCGUCUCAGCAGGGUGACGCUUGGAGGUGCACCUGUUAGUUUGGACAAUCAACGGAGUUCGUCUCGUUCGGCUCGUUGGUGGCUUCAACGGCGGCUAAGUAUUAAACCCGGGGUGGGAUUUCGUUUGUCUUAUCGUGCACGAGGAAGCGCUCGUUUCUACACUUGUAUAUACGCGCAACGCGGACGUCAGUGUCGUCGAACGGAAAUCGACCUGGACUGGCGUUUAUCGGCGAAAGAGAACGAGAGGGAGAAAGGGCGGCGAGUGAGGUGCUUCGUACCUGGCGAGAGCGACCCGGGCAAGUAUUCACGAAACUACUCUACACCACCAUCUGCAAUAAUCGCAACGGAUAUUAUAGAUAUUAUCUCGUAAACUUUGUACUUCACUACACAUACGUACACACGCGCGCGCGCGCGCGCACACACACACACGUGCCCACAC